GCCCAGACACAAAACUACACACUACUCUGAGUGUCCCCAACUUUCUCCACCAACAUGUCCUCUCCAGAUGCAGCCGCGCCUUCUGCUCCGGCGCCAAAAGCCCCCAAGAAGAAAAGGGGUCCUACCCUCCAGGUCCUGAUCGUGAGGGCUGUUGCUGGGGCUGGAGCUACUGGCGGUCUCUCUCUGACCGCUGUCAAGAAGGUCCUGAAGGAUGGAGGCUACGACAUCAAGAAGAAUAACAGCAGGAUUCUUCUGGCAGUCAAGCGUUUAGUGGCCAAGAAAAAGCUGACCAAAGUCAAAGGGAGUCUGAAGAUCAACACCAAGCCAAAGAAGGUGGCAAAGAAGAAGAAGCCAGCAGCCAAGAAAGCCAAGAAAGCCAAGAAACCAGCAGCGAAGAAGUCACCUAAAAAGAAGGCAAAGAGUCCUAAAAAGGCCAAGAAGCCUAAGAAAGCUAAGAGCCCAAAGAAGCCUAAAGCGAAGAAACCCAAGUCUCCCAAGAAGGCUCGGGCUCCCAAGAAGGCCAAGGCACCAAAAGCUGCUGCCAAGAAGUAAAGUUCUCCAAAGAACCUACUUCAGGAGAGCUUCUGUGAUGGCACCUAUGAAAGACUGUGUGUAGACUGCAAUGACUUAACUUGAACAUCUCUUUUGCUUUGCCAUUUUUCGAUCUAUUCUUGUCCAAACUCCAUGGAUGUCUAGUGAACUUUUGUCUUAACCUCGUUUUCGACCAGUAAAUAUGGUCAUUAUUUUUACUUGCUGAAAAUGUAAUAAAUGCAUCUUGAUACUUGUA